CGCCAGUGUAUAUCGGAAAAAUCCUGAAAUGUCUUGUUAUGGUGAAGAGUGCAGCGGCAAAAUUAGGCUAUAUAUCUAUAAAUACCAUCUUUGGGGAAAAAACGCUACAGUUGAGGGUCAGGCACUCUUCACGGUAAGAAGAAAUUUCAGGAUUUUUUUCGAUAUUGCUUGUGUCUAAAGACAAGUGCUGCAACGGAAACGACGAUCGAUUUACUCAGGAGCCACAUCUGUCCAAAAUGUAAACAGGUCAGGCAGUUUUCACGGCUGACCCAAUGAGCAAGGUAGCUUUUCUGUGCCUGGUGUGUUUUCAGACAUCGUGGGCCCAUCGGCAAUCACAGGAACAUGUACCUCUGCGCUUCGCUGCGAUUGGAGACUGGGGGGGUCUUCCGUUAGCCCCAUAUUUCACCUACCUGGAGAGUUCCAAUGCUGCUGAACUGGGACGAGUGGCUCAGACCACAGGCCUAGACUUCAUUCUGAGUCUGGGUGACCACUUCUAUUACCAUGGAGUGAAAAGUGUAGAGGACAUUCGCUUCAAGGUUACUUUUGAAAAGGUAUUUUCUCACCCUUCGCUACUUGACGUCCCGUGGUACCUCCUGGCGGGAAAUCACGAUCACUUGAGAAACGUCUCAGCGCAGAUAGUUUACUCUGAAAGAUCUGAGAGAUGGCACUUCCCUCAGCUGUACUAUGAGCUGAGCUUCAAGGUUCCACACAGCAAUGCGUCAGUGACUAUCCUCAUGACUGACACUGUGGUGCUGUGUGGAAACACCUAUGACGGGAUUCAGCCUGUAGGACCAGAGGACUUAGAGGCGGCUGCCAAGCAACUGGAGUGGAUUAACACAAGCCUAGCAAACACCAAGUCUGAGUUUGUUGUGGUCGCUGGGCACUACCCCGUGUGGUCAGUGGGCCACCACGGCCCCACGCAGUGCCUGGUGAAGAAGCUGAGGCCCCUGCUGAAGAAACAUAACGUCACAGCGUACCUGUGCGGCCAUGACCACAGCCUACAGUUCAUCCAGGAGGAUGAUGGGAGCGCGUAUAUCGUCAGCGGAAGUGGGAAUUUCGAGGACACAUCCACAGACCACUGGAAGAGUUUCCCUGCCUCCUGGCUACAGUUCUCCAGCGCUGUCAACGACACACGAGGUGGCUUCGCUUACUUUGAGGUCACUUCAGAAACUAUGUCCAUCAGUUACCUCCAAGCAGAUGGUAAAUGUGUAUAUCAAACUACUUUGCAGAAGCGCAGAGUUUGACAGAGGCCAAGGAGAAUUCAACUCUGGUCAAUAUUAUAACACGCUUUCACAGGUCUUUAAUCUUUUUUCAUGCUGAGGAUAAUAUGGCUAAAUGCAUAUACAUAAUUAUAACACGAGGGGACCAAUAUGUUUUAAAUGUAGGUACUGUGGUGACUAGUUGAACUUCUUUGAGAAUGUACUUCUUUAUUACUGGCAACACACACCAGCUUUCAGCCUUACUCAGUUUAUGCCCCAAACCUAACAGAAAAAAACAGUCAAUAGCACAAUGAGAACAUUCAAAAAUCAGUGAUCCGAAUUUACAUUUUAUGCAUUUUGAGAUUUACGACUAAUUUACAUCUGAUUUACAUGUAACAUAAUUCAACCACUUAAUCAGAGACUCCAGACAGAAAUACUGUAGUUGAAAUGCAAAGACUCUACCUACUCUCCAUAACCUACUCUCAGUUAUUUCUAUUUUAAGGAUACAUUUAUGAUAUAUCACAAUUAUCAACAUGAGAAAAUAUUCUUUUUAAAAUAGUAUACUUAUAUCUGCACUAGAAAAAAUUGUGUGGCUUCACAGCUAACAUUCAAUUUUAAAAAAUUUAAUCAAGGAAGGAAUUCUAGUGAAUAGUGUAAAAAAUGCUGAAGCUUUCCCAUACCUUGAUAUGUGCCUUAAAGAUGACAGAAUUUGCUGCUACAAACUAUCCUCAUUUUGACCUUCAAACCAGUUGAAGUGCGUCCUGCCUUACAAUGCAUUAAUAUUACAUGUUAUUCAGUGACACAAUUUUUGAUGUUUUGCCUUUGUACUCAGCACAUUGGAUUUGAAAUGAAACAAUGAAUAAGAAAAUGUUAAAGUUAAGACUGCUAGCUUUAAUUUUCAGGCAACUGCAUCCAUAUUGGGUGAAUCAUGUAAGAAUUGCUGCCCUUCUUAUACAUAGUCCUUUCAUUUUUGGGGACCGAAAGUAAUUGCACAGUUGGCUGCUCUGCUGUUUCUUGGCCAGCUGUGUGCUAUUGCAACAUGCACAAGAAAGCUAACAAAACCUCUAGAGUUGAUUCUAGGUGUGGCAUUUGCAUUUAGAGUAUGUUGCUGUUGUCUCUGAACAUGAGGACCAAAAGAAGUGUCAAUGCCAGUAAAGUAGACCAUCAUUGGGUGGAAAAACCAGAAUAAAUUGAUCAGAGACAUAGCCAACACAUUGGAUGUGUACAUUGUUACAAAGCAAGAACGCAUUGCUGUGCUCAGCAGUAGCAAGCAACCUAGUAGACCACAGAAGUCCACUGUAGUGGAUUACAAAAGAAUACUUUUGAGUUGUGAAGGAAAAACUCCUUUUCAACUGUCAAACAGAUCUGGAACACUCUCCAUGAUGUAGACAUAGAUGCGUCAAAGACUGAAAUAAAGAUAAGGUUACACCAGUAUAACCCCAGGGGGUUCAAAUGCAAAAAAAACUGGUUAGCCUCAAGAACAGAACAGCCAGGUUAGUUUGCUAAAAAGUACAUUAAAGGAACUGUAGAGUUCUGGUACAAACAGUUGUGGACAGAUGAGCUGAGUGUUAACCUGUACUAAAGUGAUGGAAAGAAAAAUGUGUGGAGAAAAGGAAAUGCUCAUGAUCCAAAGCAUACCAUCUCAUCUUUGAAAGAACACUCAACCUGAAUCCUAUUGAACAUUCAUUUCACUUGCUGAAAAGACUGAUGACAAAAAAGCCCCCAAAACAAACAGGAAUUGAAACUGGCAACAGUACAGCCUUGGCAGAGCAUCACCAGGGAAGAUACCCAACUUCCGGUGAUGUAUAUGGGUCACAGACUUAAGGCAAUUAUUGAAUGCAAAGAAUUUGCAACCAAGUACAAAACCUUCAACCUCAUCCAAGCCAUUAAAAACUGUGUCUACUAAAGGUUAAGUCCAAAACCACCUUUGGUCAAAACAAGGUACAUGUAAGCUUAUAUUUUGCACAGACAUUUUGUUGGAUUUCAACCCACGUGUCGUUUAAGAAUUUGGGCAAUUCAACCCUUUGCACUACACACGUGGUUAUGAAAAUGUUUAUUUGUAAAUAUACAAAUUAGAUAGCCAUCCGGGUAAUACUGGUAGACACAGCCUUUUUGGCUUUUCAUUAUUUUUGUAAAUACAAUUCAUUGCGUUUUUAAGGGCUUCCCAUGCAAUACCUCUAUCUUGUCUGUUUGCAGUAAGAGAGGCAUUAAAUAUAACCACUAUGGCACCUUGUAUUUAAUGCCAAGGAAAAAAUGUAAGCAUGCAUAUGUUAAAACCAUCUUCAAUAUCAAAAUAUAACCAACAUUAUGAGAAACUA